AUGGCUCGAGUAAGGAGCACGCUCCGUGACUGCCUCGCCCGUACCUCGACCACCGCGCAUCCCGGUGAACACCAAACCGUUCGAAGCGUCCACCCGACUACCGGCACAAAACUAGCAACGCAACAACGGCUCGCUCGAUACCGCUACACCAGCCUCGACGUCGACUUUAUCACGACCGUUCGGACCACGCCGACCACCGAUGAUCCGAAGGCGGACCGUCCGCUCCCGGCAAGAACGGCUGUAUACCGGGGCAUUACUUGCCGCCGACGACGACCGACGCUGCUCGCCACGUUCUGGUCGACAUUGUCCGACCUGGACGACGACGACGAGGAUACCGCUGAAAAGGAGGCCACACCACCAGCUACGGCCGUGCAACCAGCUGAGCCACCGCCACGGGCCACCGAACCGAACCAACCAACACCAAGGCCGCCAAGUCAGGGCCCGCCGCUGCCUACACCUCCGCCAGCGCCGCUACCAACCGCAGGGUACUUCAUCCGACCACCGCUGUCAAUGGCGAUGCCACCGUCAACAUCCGGGUACUAUACUGGGUCAACGGCGGUGCAGUCAUCACCAGUGCCCGCACUGCCAUCACCGCUAACUCCGCCGCCCUCCGGAUCGUCCGUCAUCACCGGCGACGUCCUAUGGACCAUCCCGUGGAAUCAAAUCCGGCCAGGCCGCUGCUACCGCCACCAAGCCCUCGGACACCGCAUUGUGAUAAAACACCAGCCCGACGGGUCCUGGUAUAUCCGUAAAUAA